AUGCAGUCCAUUCUCUCGGAAGUUUAUGCUGCUGACAAGUCAGCUGGUUCGCUUGUGUCAUCCUCCGCUAUAAGCGCGAUCCUACGGAAAGCCACCUUACGAAGUCAUGACUCCGCCAGUCAGUUCAUCAAGGCUUCCAGACCUGAUUUAGCACAAAAGGAACAACGUGAAGCAGACAUUCUUACGUCUUUCUUACCCCCUUUGAUGUCAGAAGCGGAUAUUGACCGCGUUCUCAACGAGGUGAUUGCUGAGACAACACUCGAUGGAGAUUCACGCAAAAUCCUUGGGCAAGUAUACAAGAUCUUCUACUCUAAAGUAGAUAAAUCAAAUGUGGACACCGAAACUGUAAAGCGCAAAGCUGAAGCGCUCCUGUUGAACAUUUGA